AUGGCGGACAUUCCUCUCGACGACUACUCGUGGCGGAAGAACGGGCAGAAGCCAAUCAAAGGCUCCCCGCAUCCACGUUAUUACAAGUGCAGCAGCGUGCGGGGAUGCCCGGCCCGGAAGCACGUGGAGAGAACGUUGGAUGACCCGUCGAUGCUGGUGGUAACCUACGAAGGAGAUCACAAUCACAACACGCUGUCCAUUGCUGAGACGGCUAAUCUCAUCUUAGAAUCCUCGUGA